CGCGAGGCGAUUGCGAGGCGCACUCUUCGAAAAACACAAAAGUUCAACGACGGAUGCAAGAUUGCAACCAAACGAAUCGCAUGCGCGGAAUGCCUGCUCGAACGUGAUCAUUUCUAAGGCUCUCACGUCGGACUGACACCAUGGUGUACGCUUUGCGCAGCCGCGACGAAUCGCCAGAUCCUAUUACUUUGCCGUCGUCGCCGAUAGUACCACACUCCAAUAGAUCCAAGAAGUAUUCGCCUUUGAAGUCGCGCGAUCAACAUUCGCUCGCAACUCCUAGCAAGUCAUUCUUUCUCGCGCCAGCAUCAAAACAAUCAAAUGUCGAAAGCCCCUGGCGGGUGAGGGUCACCUUGGAGGCGUCACCAGGACCAAGGCAGAGAAUGCGAAAGAGCAGUCCUCUGAAAAUUGUUCAUGAUGGCGAGAUUGGCGAGGAAAAAGCUCCUGUGCUCAGGCAGCCCAGGCGCAAGCGACGGACACAAGGGAGCGCUUUGGCGCAUGUAGAUACAACUGCAGAAGUUGAUGAGCUCGCUGAGGCAACAUCGUUACGAAGGCCGAACCGCGAGGAGAUAAACCGCACAGCACACGUUCCUGUCGCCAAUGCGCUCGAGGUUCCCCAUGAGAGCGCGCGCAAGCGCGCCCGAGCCAGAUAUAGUCAUGAUCCAGGCGACAAUACAGUUACCGAAAAUGAAGAUUUCAGUAUGAUAUCAAUGGAGUCGCUUAAGACUGCGAAAGAUUCCAGCUUCGUAUCACAUACCCGCUCCGCCGGUUUGGCGACAAUCUCAGAGCUGCCUGGGUCUCUCAAUGCAUCAGUCCAGGAAGUCUCUUACCUACCCUCAUCACCCCCGAAGGGGCAAGACACCGAACCUGUGAUUUAUCCAGACCUGCAUGUUGAAACUAGUGAGCAGUUUGACGCCCCGCCAACUACGCGCCAGGAUGCGGAAGUCGAUGCGAUGAGUUGGAGGCCGUCUAGCGGAGCUCUGAACGGGUUUCGACGACCGAUCAACAGUCACUCUGUGAUCGAAACGAAAGAAGGAACGUCACUUUCAGCCGACGUUGGUUGGCGACCAAGCGAUGCUGACAGACCCCGAGAUUCUCAGACGAGACGAGAUAGCGGUCAAAAUUCGAUGGCAUCUAGGCGCGAGGCAGCGAUAGAGGUGUCGUCGGGCGAAAGCGAAGACGAAGAUCUAGGCGAGGACAUUGAUGGUCAGGAACAUGUGAACAGCGAAGACAAUGUAGAACUCGAUCUCUGGCAAGAGGAAGCCUCGCGCUCUGCCAACGCGUUGCCGAACACAUCUGCACCGCUCAGCGCAGCCCAUGAGGUCGAACCGGAUCCGAUAGACCCAGAACGAGCACGCUCUGGUGACUUCAUCAACGACCUGUUCAGUGACCAGGCGAGUAAGCCUCGACGCUCCAAGAUACCGCGUACCUGGCGCCGCUCCUCUGGCAUCAAUUUAUCCUAUGCAGAUUCACCAGCACAAGCGCUGAGUCGGCCCAAUGUAGACAAUGAAGCAGAAGAGAGCGAGGACGAAGAAAUUGAAAGGAAAGAUUCAGCCGAUGGGAGCCGUAUAUUGACGCCGCCGCAGACGGACGACGAGCAGCUGGUUGCUCCUGAUUUGGAGGUCGAGCCGAGCAGCGAGAUCUUUCAGCCGGAUGCCGAAGCGACGCGGUUUCAGAGCGAUGUCAUCGCCGGCGAUGACGGAGACACUGAAUCCGAAGAGUCUGCCCAUGACGAGGACGAAGCGGAACCGGAGGAGGUUGCCACUCCGCGCGAUGAAAACGAUGAAACUGGUUUAUUCUUUCAGAACGAGGUUCCGCGAGCUUCGAUCCAGGCACAAACUCCUCUCUUAAACGAGCCGCCACGACGUCGUCCAAGACCAACGCGGAGAGAAACUAUCGACUUGACGGGAUUACUCAACAUAGCUUCCAGUCCUCGCAAGCCGGAGGUUGCGCCUAAAUGCGACGAGUCCAUUGCUGAAGCUCAGACGCAAUUCUCGUUGGUACAGAAAUUGGCGCAGAGAAAGAGAUUUGGUCGUCCUGUCGAAGUGCAGCACGUCGAGGGUCAGACCAGCCUCGAGACUUCUGAUCACAACGUUGCGAUAGAGAGAGUAAAGAAAUUCGGACGGAAGACACGUCCUCCCGGUAGCAAUAACCAAAUGCCCGAAGCGUCAGCAACUGAAGCACCACAACGGGUAUCUGUGCGUCAACAAACAAGUCACAGUGCCGAGAACAGGGACCUGCUGCAUAAAGCGAGAAGCAUUUGUGAGGAGAAUUCUGCUUCGAAUGAGAACAACGUCGGACCAUCAAGACGUCCAGCCACUGCCCGUUCUGCUAGCACACAAGCGGCUGAGCAGAACUUCGAUGCAUAUUCACAGCUUCUCAGCGCGUCCAACGCCACAGCGAUCACAGCUUCAUUCCGUAGCUAUGAAGAACGACUGAAUCUCGAGUCCCCGGCUAAGAUGAGAGUUAACUUCAACGAUUCCACAUCAACCAUCAGACUGCCUUCCCCAAGCAGACAUCUUGUCCCUCCUUUAUUUCAAGGGCACGCCGGAGAGUCUGAUAAGUCUAGCUCUCUCGUCGAGAAAUCAAAUCUCGGUAUUGCUCAAGGAUCAAAGCCAGGCAUAUUGGCGCGAUUCACCAAGAACUUCUGGUCAUCAGAAGACAAAAUAUCAGAUGUGCGUCAAGCCUCAGAGUCGUCAAUCCGCGAUCUGCCAGUCGAUGCCUCUCUGAGAUCCGUCACGAGCCUCUUGGAAGAGACUUCGCUUCUUGAAGGCUCAUUUCCUCCACACCUACGCACCGCACUCCGCACCCGAUACGGUGUUCUCAGCAGCACAUUUCCCUGGCGACUAUACCACAUGCGCACACUGCAUCGCCUUCAUAAUUCGCUUUUCUCCGGCCGCAAAGACACGCUGGUGCCUUCUUCUGGACCGCUCCCACGAUCACUGGCGUAUCUAGUCGGCUCACAACAAUUAUCUGUGACGGAGGUGGAAUAUGCCUUCACAAAACAGCACGCCUAUGUGGUCCAGGCUUUUCUCUCUUUAUUCGUCCCUGCGCACGUCGUCGAAGGAAUGCUGAGUGGAGAGGUGGAAUCUCUGGGAGAUCGUCUUACGGGCGAAUUACGGGGCGUUGCGGCGAGAGGAGACACCUUGAGGAGAAAUGGAAUGUACGAUUCUGUUUGGACGGCGUCUGACAUCGGAGAAUGGGUCGAUCGACUCAAGGGCGAAAUCGGUGUACAAUUUGUGGUCAGAGCUUUGGGAGACGUGGUUGCAGAGGAACAAAGAGUGCGGAAAAGGCGAAGGAAUUAAGAGUAUUGUCAAUUGGAGGUUGCUCAGUCUGCGGACUGCAUAUGACGGUGCUGACGGCGCACAGGGGACAUAGCUUUUUUGACGAUUUAAUGGCUACUACACUGCGAUGAAUGAACGACUAUGAUGGUUUAAUCUGCCAUCCGAGAAGCCAAUUCGCUCCAGAACAUUUCACGCAAUAUUCGAAUUAAUGAAGAUGAGGACAUCUUGGAGCGUCCGGUAGUGACCAUUCCUUCGGAACGGCUGAAACAUUGAAUACGUGAUCGAUUGUUAAUACAUGAAAUGCGUAGGAGACGACGCGCUCUUCUCUGGUGGGCGUGACAAGCAUAAUCUUCGUAAGCAUACAUUUCAAAUCAUGUGAUUGACGUCAA